AUGGACCGCUCCAUAUCGCUGGACAGCCCCGCCUCGGUCGACCUCUCUCCGGACGACGACGACCGGCGUGCCCACGCCAUCUCCUCUUCCUCCUCUCCCGAUCCCCGCGGGGCCUUCUACCGCGUCCACCCCCCCGCCCCCGCUAGGUCAAGCUACGGCUCGGGCCUGGUGGACGCCCAAGAGGACGACCGCACGAGCACCAGCUCGUCGAGCUCUUCUUCUUCUGGCGGGGGAUCGGAUGCCGCGGGGCUGCGCAGGCAAUGCUCGGCUGGAGAUGGGCGCGGCGCGUCACGGGGGUCGGCACGCGGCGGCAGCGGCACCGCCCGCGGCAGGAGGGAGGAGGUGACACGCCUGACGCGGCUGGAGGUGGCGGCGCCUGACGAAUUUAGGGGAAGGGCGAUGGCGGGGCCGCCGGCGAGGAGCGGCGGGGCGCAGCGGGUGGGGCGGUUCACGCUCAGGCAAGGGAGGAGGGCCGGGGAUGCGGCGGGAGACGCCCCGAGGGCGCGAGAUGAACGACCUGGGAGGAGCGAGCAGAGUUCAUGCAGUGACAGGAGCACUGUUGUGCAGGAAGAGCAGGAUAUCGAGCUGCUGAGGCAACAGGUUAGCGACUUGGGCAAGCAGCUGUGGCAGAUGCACAAGGAACAUGAGAAAGAAAAGUCAAAGAUGAUGGACGAAUUCGAGGCCAAGUUGAAGGAGGCACAAGCUGACAACGCAGCACUGAUCAACAAGUUAAGGGAGCAGUUGCGGGAGAAGGACAGGCGGCUAAAGGAGAGCUGCAAAAGGGCGGACCAGUUGGAAUGGCAAGUGGAGGAUUUGCAGUUGAAGAUGCAGAAUGCAAUGGGCAUUCGCCAGCCAUACGGGACACCCAUCGUUGUCCCAGAUGAAGGGGUUUGCAUGAAUCAGAAGUCCAGCUCAAGAAGGCGAGUGGAGAGUUCUGAAGAGGUCUUGCGAUCGCAUAGUGAUACCCAGAAGAAUGCCUCUCGACAGAGGGGCCUGCCACCACGCAGUUUAACAGAGUCCAACAUGUCUUCGGGUGACUUCCCACAGGGUGGUAUGCUCAACUCUUACUCUGAGGCAGUGCCAGCCAUCCCGCCGAAGCACUUGCAGCAAUUCAGUCCACUGACGAUGAGGCGGCGACUGUGGACUGCGCCUAAAACACUGGAGCAAGUCUUCACAGACGACGACGGGGUGCAUGCACUCGCUGUUAGUUCUGAUCCUACCAAACGAACAACAGAACUGCAACGAUUCCCCAACUGCUUGCCCGUGAUCACAAACUGGCAUGCAUUGAAUUCAUUCCCAGCGAGCUGUGACACAGCUGCUGUGCGAACGCUGCCGACCUUUAUGCAAGGCGAGCACGUUGAGAAGCAGUACAAGCGGGUGUCCACGGGUGAAAAAUAG